AGAUAAAUUCCAACUGACAUACAUCUUAUUGCGACAAAGGCGUAUUCGAAGAGCAGCCUUGACAGGAAGGAAUUCGUAAUACGGUGUUUUUUACCAAAUAGGGAUCGCCUUUGGGGGCACGGCACUCUGACAGAGCAGUACGAGUGAUGUCACUCGUCCGGAAGGAGGUGGCUCGUGUUGACAGUGCUGGAAUAAAUACGAUUUAACUUCGAUGUCAAAAACGUUCGAUUAAUUUAAAAGUGGAUAAAGAAACUGGAAUUAAUUUUAUCAAGGAAACAUGUCAUUUUAGAGGUUUAUUUGCUGUAAUUCGACGAUAAUCACGAUGGUGUACCACUGGCAAUCCCAUAAUGUCAAGCUUUCAGGAGUUGACGAUAUGGUGCUCCUGCCAAAAAUAUCAGAAGAUGCAAUUGUUGACAACCUUAAAAAGCGAUAUAUGGAUGACUACAUAUUUACAUGCAUUGGUCCGGUUCUUGUGUCAGUCAACCCCUUUAAGCAAAUGCCAUAUUUUGGAGAGAAGGAAAUUGAAUUAUAUCAAGGAGCUGCACCUUAUGAAAACCCUCCUCAUGUGUAUGCCUUGGCAGAUGACAUGUACCGAAACAUGCUCAUUGACACAGAAAGCCAGUGUGUUAUUAUCAGUGGCGAAUCUGGAGCGGGUAAGACAGUAGCUGCCAAGUACAUCAUGGCGUACAUAGCACGAGUGUCUGGAGGGGGUAACAGAGUGCAGCACAUUAAAGAUGUCAUUCUUGAAUCAAAUCCACUUCUUGAAGCGUUUGGCAAUGCAAAAACAGUUCGCAAUAAUAAUUCUAGCAGAUUUGGAAAAUAUGUAGAAAUUUUGUUUGGAAGUGGUGGCCAGCCAGAAGGUGGUCGUAUAUCAAAUUUCCUUCUUGAGAAAUCUCGAGUGACAACUCAGAAUUCAGGAGAACGGAAUUUUCAUAUUUUUUAUCAACUUUGCACUGGUGCUUCAGGAAACAUGGCACAGGAUUUGGGGUUGACGGAACUCGACUAUUAUCAUUAUUUAAGUUUUGGUGGCAGUCACAAAGUAGAUGGCACCAACGAUGCUCAUGAUUUUCAAGAAACGUUGAAAGCUAUGAGUGUAAUGGGAAUUUCAAAUGAAGAACAAAACAGUAUUUUGAAGUUGGUGGCUGCUGUUUUGCAUUUGGGAAACAUUUCAUUUGUUGAAAGUGGAAAUUAUUCAGAAAUUCAAGAUCAUAGUUUUCUGGCUUUCCCAUCCCACCUGCUGGAGGUGGAACAAGGCCAGUUGCAGAGUAAGCUCACCAGUCGGCGCUUCGACAGCAAGUGGGGCGCGCAGUCUGACACCAUUGAUGUCACUCUGAACGUUGAGCAAGCCCUCUACACUAGGGAUGCCUUAGCAAAAGCUGUGUAUGCGAGAAUGUUUGACUACCUAGUUAAGAGAGUAAAUGGUGCAAUGGAAACCAAUGUAAAAGGACAAAAUAUUGGAAUUUUGGAUAUUUAUGGGUUUGAAAUUUUUGAACGCAAUGGCUUUGAGCAAUUUUGUAUAAAUUUUGUGAAUGAAAAAUUGCAGCAAAUAUUUAUUGAACUGACCUUGAAAGCUGAGCAAGAAGAAUAUGUGGCUGAAAAUAUUAAAUGGACUCCAAUCGAUUACUUCAAUAACAAAGUGGUGUGUGAUUUAAUAGAAUGCAAGAGGCCUCCAGGAUUAUUUUCAGUCAUGGAUGAUGUUUGUGCAACAAUGCAUGCAGUCUCAGAUGGCGUUGAUCAAGAUCUUCAAAAAAAAAUGAAUACUGCCCAAGGCACUCAUCCUCAUUUUCAAAUGGUUAAGGAAGGAUUUGUGAUUCAUCAUUAUGCUGGCAUUGUAACUUACAAUACAGAGGGGUUUUGUGAUCGCAAUCGUGAUAGCCUCUUUCCUGACCAAGUGAGUGCAAGUGCAAAAUCUCGACCAACCACUGCCGGCAGCAAAAUUCGGACGCAGGCCAAUCAGUUGGUGGAACAGUUAAUGCAAUGUACACCGCACUACAUCAGGUGCAUCAAGCCGAAUGAAACCAAACGACCACGAGACUGGGAGGAGCUGAGGGUAAAGCAUCAGGUGGAGUACCUGGGACUCAAGGAGAACAUCAGAGUGCGACGCGCUGGCUUCGCGUAUCGCAGACCAUUCAAGAAGUUCCUGAACAGAUAUGCCAUUCUCACGAAGGAGACGUGGCCCAAGUGGAGAGGCCAAGACCAGCAGGGCGUGGAGUGGAUCAUGCGGAGCGUCAACAUGGAGGCCAGCCAGUUCCAGCUGGGGAAGACCAAAGUCUUUGUCAAAGCUCCAGAGUCGCUAUUCAUGCUGGAGGAAUUGCGUGAUAGAAAAUUCAAUCAGUAUGCAAGAGUUAUUCAAAAGGCUUUUAAGAAGUAUUUUGCGCGGCGCCAGUAUGAGAAGCAGAAGGGAGAAGCAGCAAACAUUUUAUUUGGAAAAAAAGAACGUAGAAGAUUUUCUAUAAAUCGUAAUUUUGUUGGUGAUUACAUUGGAAUGGAUUGCCGACCUGUUCUCCAAAGUUUAGUUGGGCGAAGAGAAAAAGUGCUAUUUGCAGAAGUUGUGAAGAAAUAUGAUCGAAGGUUUAAGUCAACACGCCGCGACUUGAUUUUAACAGCAAAAGCAAUAUUCCUCAUUGGCCGUGAGCAAGUGAAAAAAGGACCCGAAAAAGGAAAGUGUGUGGAAGUAGUGAAAAGGAAAUUGGAUUUACAAAACAUCAGCCACAUAUCAUUGAGUCCCCUGCAGGAUGAUUUCUUAAUUGUUCAUAUGCGAGAUGAUUAUGACAGUAUCCUGGAGGUUGUUUUUAAGACCGAGUUUCUUCUCACUCUAAGCAAGAAAUACCAAGCACAUGUCAAUCGUGAACUGGUUAUAAAGUUUUCUACAAGCCUCGAAUUCCAAGUGAAAAAAGAAGGAUGGGGCGGAGGCGGUGUUCGACAAGUGAAAUUCGUGUUAGCCCCAUCAGCUGGGGACAUGGCUUUGCUUAAACCAUCAGGGAAAACAUUAAAUGUUACCAUCGGUCAUGGAUUGCCAAGCAAUUCAAAACCGAGUGGCAAACGGGGAAGCUUGGGCUUUCCGUUGGCCUCACAGCAAAAUCGGCCCCAACACCCCACCAUGCAGAACACGCAGAGCCCUCUCAGAGGGGCGACGCGAGGGCCUGCGCCACCUCGCCCUGCAGCACCCCCAAGCCAAGCGGCAGGGCCCCCUCGCCCCGCUCAGCCUACAGGGCGAGGGAGGGGCUCCAUUCGUGCCCCUCCGCCCCCCAGCGAGCCAGCGCCACCCAACCAGCCCAUCCUCCGAGCUGCCUCCAAGGCAGGAGGUCACGGAGCAGCACCUGUUGGCGCAGGCCUUCUUGCUGCAGCCGCUGGUGGCGGCCGAGGGCGACCAGCAGCCGCGCCUGCCACGGGUCCAGGUCAGGGGGGAGGGGCUGGCCUUGCAGCCAGCCAGACCAACUCCAAGUUCAUGCAGCCUCCACAGGCUGGCCUAGCAGGGGCGAAACGUGCUAGUGCCCAGGGGGGCACUAAGCCUGUUCCUGGGGGAGGCAAGCCUCGUCCCCCUACGAAGCCAGCCAACCUUUAUGCAAAGGCUCAGGCCAUGUUUGACUACAAUGCACAGGACCUUGACGAACUGUCUUUCAAGGAAGGGGAUAUACAUUUAUCUGAUCGUGGUGAAUCGUUGGGUGAUGUAGAUUUGGAUGUUAUUGAGUACAACACUGAUAUAGGGUACAUGUCUAUAUUUCAGAUUAAUGCUUUUGAUGGAAUUGCAAAACUUACAGGAUAA